AUGGCAAGAAAGUUGUCAUAUGGAAAUAUCAUUGGUUCUAUCUUCGUUAUCAUAUUUUUAGCAUCUACUGCACAAGCAUUAGUUUGGGGAAGCUACCACUACUACAAAAUCAUCUUACGAUGGCCUGAAUCAUACUGUAAUGCUCGUUCCCAUUAUUGUAUAAGACCAAUCAAAGCAAAUUUCUCCAUACACGGUGUCUGGCCAAUGUAUUUCUUUGAUACACUGGUUAAGGAGUUCAACCAGACUGGAUGCACAGAGACAACUCCAACUUUACCACAAUUUAUUACAAGGGCGCGAUUGGCUACGAUACUAGACGAUAUGGAUGAAUAUUGGCCGGAUGUUAAGCAUGGCCAUAACCUUUCAGAAAAUGAACAAUUUUGGCAAUAUCAAUGGCAAACGCAUGGAAUGUGUUUUGAGUAUCCCAACCGACCUUUGUUAUAUUUUCAGACAGGUUUAAGUUUGAUGACUCAACUUGAUUUGCUUGAUCUUCUUAAAGGAGCAAAUAUAUUUCCCGAUAAUUCAUAUGGGUAUCGAGCAUCAGUUAUUAAAGCAAUUAUUGAAACCCGUGUGGGAGAGCAAGUUGAAAUUCGUUGCAACAGGCCGAUAGAGGGGUGGCCUUUACAGUUGCAUGAAGUUGGAGUAUGCUUUGAUAGGGAAGGUGAUGUUAUGCGGUGCCCAUAUGGAUAUUUUAAGUGCAACAAGUCCGAUAUGAUACAAUUUCCUGCUCCUCUUGUUUACAAUUAA